CUGAAAAUAUCAUUCAUUAAGAGCUUUUCAGGUCUAAGGGAUCUUGUCACAUGGCAAAUUCCUAACCUGAUCAUUUAUGCCAGUCUACACUCAUAUGGGCAAUUAUUGCUGUCGCCUUGGGGUUAUACCCAUACUCGACCAGAUAAUUACCUAGACCAGCGCAAUGCAGCACAAAUAGCCGUGGCAGCGAUGCGUAACAAAACUGGAGCAGAAUAUAACUAUGGAACAAUAGCCGAACUCAUGUAUCCUGCCUCGGGCACUAGUAUAGACUAUAUGCAAGAUCGUGGAGUACCGUACAUCUUUGGAGUUGAACUGCGACCGCUGGAUUCACACGACACCUAUGCUUUCAGUUUACCGCCACAUUUUAUCAAACCCACAGGUGAAGAAAUGCUUGCUGGUUUGAUUGCAGUUGGCGACUAUGCAGUACUGCAUAAAAAACUCUGA